UCAUACAGCUCUGCGCAGAUCGAACAAGAUAUGACAUCACAGUACCGCGAGAUCAAACUUUAUCAAUACGUGCUCGAAUCGCUCACGCGAUAUUUCAACGUGACAUCCUUUCGGCCUUCCUAUCAACGACACUUUUACUACGCAAGUCAGCAGCAGUGGAUUCGUUUCCCUGGAAAUGCAGACACGUGAUAAUGACAUCACCGCUGUUAGCCCCAAUUUCCCGCGAAGCAGACUACACGCGCUCAUUAUAGGAGGAAAGUCAUUGCAUGUCACUGCAGUCGCCAUGAUGCUGGGUAUACCAAGGCAGAAAAAACGAAAAAGACCUCAACAGGAUGCUGAGCAUCACAUUACUUGCAAAACAGACAAGCCUGAGCUUUAUGAGCAAGUUAUCAGCAAAUAUAAAGGACGUGGAGUUUUCACCACUGAAGCAUUUUUUAGAGGUGAUUUUGUCCUUGAAUACAGAGGUGAACUUCUGACUUCAGAGGAGAGCCUUGAUCGAUCUAAACUCUACAAUGACGUUGAGAACACAUUCUUGUUUGAUUUUCAGUGGCAUGGCAAAAAUUGGUGCAUGGAUGCAUCCAAGGAAGAUGGGUCCUUGGGAAGACUUGUAAAUGAUGAGCACAGAAAUCCUACAUGCAAAAUAAGAACUGUUGAAGUGAACAAAAAACCUCAUCUGUGUCUUUUUGCUGUACGAGAUAUCCAACCAGGAGAAGAAAUCACUUACAGUUAUGGAGAUUCAGAUUGGCCUUGGCGAGCUAAGGUAUCAUCAACAGAAUCCAGUGAUAAAAGCCCAGUCAGCAGUUUGGAUUUGCAGAAAUUGUUCCAUCAGGCUCCUCCUGUUUCCUCAUCUGCCCUGUAUAAGGUGUACAUCAAUGAACCACAUAAGCAAGUUGAGCCACAACAGUCAGGCAAAGCAAGUACAUCAGAGAAUAAAAUGAAACUCAAAGAUUGCCAUGAGCGCUUUAACAGAGCACAAAUUAAAACGAAAAAGACUGCCAUAGAGCCAUCACAAGAAUAUUUCAUGCCCUCAUCACCUGUGAUGACCACAUCAUCUUUCUCUGCACUUGUGCAGCCCUCAUCACCUGUGAAGACCACAUCAUCGUCCUCUUCUCCUGUGCAGCCCUCAUCACCUGUGAAGACCACAUCAUCUUCCUCUGCACUUGUGCAGCCCUCAUCACCUGUGAAGACCACAUCAUCGUCCUCUUCUCCUGUGCAGCCCUCAUCACCUGUGAAGACCACAUCAUCGUCCUCUUCUCCUGUGCAGCCCUCAUCACCUGUGAAGACCACAUCAUCGUCCUCUUCUCCUGUGCAGCCCUCAUCACCUGUGAAGACCACAUCAUCGUCCUCUUCUCAUGUGCAGCCCUCAUCACCUGUGAAGACCACAUCAUCGUCCUCUUCUCAUGUGCAGCCCUCAUCACCUGUGAAGACCACAUCAUCGUCCUCUUCUCCUGUGCAGCCCUCAUCACCUGUGAAGACCACAUCAUCGUCCUCUUCUCCUGUGCAGCCCUCAUCACCUGUGAAGACCACAUCAUCGUCCUCUGCACUUGUGCAGCCCUCAUCACCUGUGAAGACCACAUCAUCGUCCUCUGCACUUGUGCAGCCCUCAUCAUCUGUGAAGACCACAUCAUCGUCCUCUUCUCCUGUGCAGCCCUCAUCACCUGUGAAGACCACAUCAUCUUCCUCUGCACUUGUGCAGCCCUCAUCAUCUGUGAUGACCACAUCAUCGUCCUCUUCUCCUGUGCAGCCCUCAUCACCUGUGAAGACCACAUCAUCGUCCUCUUCUCCUGUGCAUCCCUCUACACCCUUGCCCUGUGCUGCUUCCACCCCUGUGAUUUCCUCAUCACAGGUGUCUGAGACACUAUCUUUAAUGGAGAUGCACUCAUUAAGGCAAUCAAGAAAAAGACAGUAUUCUGGGAGUGCCUACAGUGAUUCAGAUGUUACGGACUACAGUGAUGUUGACUACAUACCCCAGUUCAGCUCAGAUGAAUCAGAUGGAAGUGCUUCUGGACAAAGCAAGGCUGAAAGGAGUUCAGAUGGAUCAAACAAUAAGUCUGAAUGUAGUGAUCCUAGACCCAACAAACGUUUAAGACAUACUAAAUCACCCCUUUCAAAAAGGAAAGCUGAAGAGGCAGGUAGUUCAUCUGCCAAAUGUAUGACAGCAGUGUCAUCAAAAAGGAUGAAAUGCCAAACUGAAGAGACCGAAACCUCAUCUGACAAAAAGACUUUGGUUCAGUCAAUGCCAUCACCACAAAAAAAGAGCAGGUCAUAUAACAAAAAACAGUAUUGCCUUUAUUGCUCUAAGCCAUAUGCAAAAAUGGCAAGACACCUUGAGUUUGUACAUCGCAAUGAAGUAGAGGUUGCAAAGGCUGUAGCUUUCCCAAAACGUUCCAAAGAACGAAGAGUCCAGUUAAACCUUCUUAGAAAAAGGGGCAACUUUGCCCACAACACAGAUGUGGUGAGAAAAGGGGAAGGUGAGAUGAUUGCCUGCUACCGUCCAAAAAAGUGCAAAAACCCCAAAGAAUUUAUCCACUGUAUUCACUGUCAAGGCCUUUACAACAAGCUCAGCCUAUGGAAACACAUUAAAAACUGUCCACUUAAACCGAAGGAUGAUGAAGCUCAGGGCAGAAAAAGAGUAAGAUCUCUUUGUGCCCUAAAAACACCUGUUGGCUUAGAGGUGAGUAAAGGUUUCAAGAAAGUACUUUCCCUGAUGAACUAUGACGAAGUUUCACGGGUGAUUCAUAGUGACAGAUGCAUCAUGCAACUGGGAGAGCACAUGUUUAACAGGAUGGGAUCUGAUGUGACCAAACAUGACUACAUCCGACAGAAAAUGAGAGAAGUUGGCAGACUUCUUCUUGAAGCAAGAAGGAUAACCCCACUGAAAACAAUGGAGGACUUCAUGAUACCAGCAAACUUCAAACAUGUCAUAUCAGCUGUGAAAGUUGUGUCUGGCUUUGACGAAGAGAAGAACUCUUACCGCAUUCCCUCUUUAGCCCUCAAACUUGGACAUUCUUUAAAAAAGAUCUGUAGCAUUGUUGAAAGUAAUGCGAUGAUGUAUGGAGACCAUGAGCGUGCUGAGUGUGCUCGAGACUUCAGAAAAGUACACCAAGCAAGGUGGAAUGAAUACAUUUCUGCUGGUGCUAUAACUACAUUGAAGGAAGCCAAGUGGAAUGCACCACAGAUCAUUCCUUUCACUCAGGAUGUCAAAGUCCUGCACGCACAUCUAGAAAAGAAACGGGAUAAAUUCCUUAAUAAACUUAAAAACUGCCCCUCUGCAGACAGCUAUGCUGCUUUGGCCAAAGUCACACUCUCCCAAGUUAUCCUGUUCAAUAGACGAAGAGAAGGUGAGGUGUCACGGAUGCUUUUGUCAGCUUUUCAAAGCCGGGAUUCUUCUGAGCUGCAUGAAGACAUAGCCAUCUGUCUUUCUGAGUUCGAGAGGAAGCUGUGUAAACACUUUACCAGAGUAGAGAUCCGUGGUAAGCGAGGGAGAAAGGUCCCUGUCCUCCUCAAACCUUCAUUGGUUUCUGCCAUGGAGCUGCUUGUUGAAACACGUGAGGCUUGUGGUGUCCCAAAUGAGAAUCCUUUUAUGUUUGCCAGAUCUGGUGCAAUGUCUGCCUACAGAGGAGGAGAGUGCAUAAGUAAAGCUGCUCGUGAAUGUGGCAUUAAGAAUCCUGAAGCUCUUUCCUCAACCAGGCUCAGGAAACACAUAGCUACCAUGUCAAAGAUUCUCAACCUUGAUGAAAAUGAAGCAGAUCAACUGGCUGAUUUUCUCGGUCACGAUAUAAGGAUCCACAGACAGUAUUACCGGUUACCAGAGGGGACAUUGCAGCUGGCAAAAAUGAGUAAGGUCUUAAUGGCAAUGGAGAAAGGAACACUGUCCAGCUUUAAAGGAAAGAGACUUGAUGACAUUGAAAUCGACCCAAAUGAGCAACUUGAGGCCGAAGGUGAUUCAAUGUCAAGUGAUGAAGAGGAUUGUAGUGACCUGCCUCAGACAACAUCACCAGUACCAGCAGAGAGUGAUCAACCAUCUGCUUCCCAGAAAGAUCAAGGUUCAUCAAUACCUCCAAAAAGAAAAUGGGAAGAAGUUGAGGUAAAAGCUGUUGAAAAACACAUGAUGAAGUUCAUAAAGACAUGCAAAGUUCCUGGUAAGCAAGACUGCGAGAGAUGCAUUCAAGCAGAGCCAGAAGCCUUGAAGGAACGUACUUGGACUGGUGUGAAAAAUUAUGUGAGAAACAGGAUCACCACUUUAAAAAAACAGGGUGGAUUAUAGCGGAGCAAAUAAAAACACUUUUCUUUUUACUGUAAAAAAACAGAGCAUGGUGAGGAAAAGUUGCCAUGUUACAAAAACAUAAAAUAAUGAAUGCCUUUUCUAGAAUAACUUUUUAACAUGUUUAGGGCUGCAAAAUGAUGAAUUAUGACUAAUCGUUUGCAGAAUAAAAGUUUUUUUUUACAUCAUAUGUGUGUAUACUGUGUAUAAUAAUUAUCUAUAUAUAAAUACACACACAUGCAUGUUUAUAUGUAAUUUAUAUUAUAUAAACACUUAAAAUAUAAAUAGAUUUUGUUUCUUCAAAUUAUACAUUCAUGUGUGUGUAUGAGCUACAUAAUUAUUAUACACAGUACACACAUAUAUGAUGUAAACAAAAGCUUUUCUUCUGCAAACGAUUCAUCAUUUUGUAUGUUUGUAAUAUAUAAUGGGUUCCUUUCAGACAAACUAUAUUUAUAGUUUACACAUCAUGCUCUGUUUUUUUAAAAAUGAGUGAAAAUAGUAAGGAAGAGUAAAGGUGUAUGAAGAGGGAGAAUUUGUUUGAGUACAGGAGGAAACAGAAUAUUAAUGAGGUAAGCAAGACAGGAGAAGAGAGAGGAUUGAAUGUAAUGGUUAGACGAUAAUUUCUGUAAAAAGCUGAGGAAAGCAAAAAGAACAAGCUGAACUGACAAAUUUCUAAUUUUCAUUCUUUGUUUACAUGCAUGUUUACAUGUUGUUAUAUGUUUACAUGUUGAUAUUUUUUUCUGUCAACAUAUUCUGUUCUAUAUGCACUUUUAAAAUAUAUCAGUAUUGUUUAUUUCCUUUAAUUGUAAUUACAAUUGUUCAAUGUAGACAGAAGUUAAUUGAGUGAACUGAAAGUAAAGAGAUAAAAGGAGAAGCAAAGAUAAAAGAGAAGAGGGAGGAGCAAAAGGAAAGUGAAGUGGGAGGAGCAAGGUAGAAGGCAAGAAAGUAAAGGUGAAGAAAAGAGUGAAAGAGUUCAUAUCAGUUUCAUUGAUUAUACUGUCCUAUAUUUUAUACUGACACUUUUAUUGGCAAACUAAAAUGCACUUAACUUUUAAGUAACUGUGUUUAUGGUUAAGUGCUGUUACUGAUAUUGCCUAAAACUUCUGACAUUUAUAGCAUGCAUUUGCAUGGUAAAUAAAUGGUUUUUGAAGUCA